GUCCGGGGCUCUGCAAAAAUAAUAGCGUGUGCGGGAAACAUGGGACACGUCAUGACACCAGAAUUCACAGGAUUAUUGCAAUGAGCCUGCCAAGCUACACUCUUGCUUGAUUUUGUGCUGACUUGCUUCGUCCUUUUAUCAGACGACAUGCCCAGCCAUACAUCUUGUUGAAUGCUCUCUUCUCUUUGCUCCACUCUGUUAUUCACCAACUCGCACGCCGCCAGCCUCCUUUCAACCCUCCCCCUUUUUUGAUAUCGCUACUGCCUUGCUCCAUAUACCAUUUUUUUGUUCCAUCGAGAACCAUACCACAGUCGCACACGCAGACUAACACUCACACACACAAUCUACUAUUUCUUUUUUGCUCUCUCCCACACGUACUUUUCAUCGUGUCUCGCACUCUUCUACUUUUUUUAAAAACUACUUUGCACUAUUUCGCUUCUUACACACUUGCCAUUCAUGUUUGAAGGCUUUUCAAGAGGCUACCUACCAGAAAACUUUUACUCUGACCGGCUGGUGUUCAAGCCAAAGCCGCCUGCAAUAAAGACUUCUCCGUAUCCAAACAAAAUCGAGGUCGGGGGCCGCUGCUACUAUGCAAUUAUCGUUAACAAAUCCCGCGCCCGCCUGCAGGACGCCUAUGCGUGGAUGAGCACGCACCCGUAUAUCCGAAUAAACUAUGUCGGUCCGGUAGCCGGAAACGCCUUUACCGGGAACAUUGUGGUUGAAGCGUACCAGUCACCAGAGCGCAGCUACGUCAUGGUCGUCUGCCGCGCCGCGACUCAGGGCGACGAGCAAACCAACCAGAUCAUGCAGUCGCACGGAUACUCGCAGCGCCGCGGGCCCUGCCCCGCCCCCAUCUCCGCCAUUAUCUGCCGCUCCGGGGUCAACCUGCAGAGCGUCUGGCAACAAUUUAUCCGCAACACCAUCGCCAUCACCCGCCCGCCGUUGCGCGACAGUGACCUGAACCGCCCGUUUGAUGACGCUGCCCCAGUCUCUAGCAGGUACGUUUUGUAUGAUGAGUUCAACACCCGCCAGGCGCGCAACCUGCAAGGGCCCGUGCGCUCCAACUCCAGCCUACAGCACUACAUGCGUCGCCAGCUGCCCCGCCACCACCCUUCGCACGAGUCGGUCGAUUCGAUGCUGCCCGCCUACGAGCCGCCGCCGCCCUCGAUACACAGCUCAAUUCCUGAGGAACUCCGCGCCGAGAUCGAGGAAAUCCAGCGCCUGCAGGCCGAGGUUGCCAGUGGCGAUCACGAGUUCCUGAGCAGCAGUAGCGGCUCAGCCGAGCUUUCGUCCAGUGAAAGCGCGAGCGACUCGGACGAAGACGGCACAUCAACUUACCUGCGCAUCGUGCCCCAGGCAUCGCCGCCACAAUACUGGGACAUUGCCGACGACACAGA